UUUGUGUUCUAUGGCUCCUGUUUAUUGACCAACCACCCGGUCAUUCUGAAGAUAUUGAAAUUACCACUCUUUUAUUUUGCUCGCGUGACAAGCUCACGCGCAAUAUGAUUCCGCUGAAAUCCCGCAACCUAGUCCACUUGACAGAUCACUAUACAAUCUGCGCUGCCCCAAGAACUGAGGCACCCGCCGUCAUCAACCCAGCCCACCCACCCAACCAAUGGUCCCCCCCGUUAUAUCAAGGCUCAUGUGAUCCGUCAGUCCUUCAUCGGACACCCUCAGCCAUUCUGGGCCUCCAAUUCCAGCCCUCCCAGUUACUCCGUUUUAUAUACUAAUUCACUUUAGCGCACGAAUUAUCUGGGUUUCUCCCGAGACACAUCAUGGUGCGGGUGGUGUUCCUCCAUCCGGAUUUGGGAAUUGGCGGGGCUGAAAGGCUCGUCGUGGACGCGGGUUUGGCUCUGAAGGCGCGCUCGCAUCAGAUUCACUUUGUCACGGCUCACCAUGACCCGGCGCAUUGCUUCGAAGAGACCCAGGAUGGCACCUUGGACGUGGUGGCCGUCGGCGAUUGGUUACCCAGACAUCUCUUCGGCCGAUGCAUGGCCCUGUGUGCGUAUUUGCGCAUGAUCUACGCCGCCCUGUGGCUUGUACUCUUUAGCGGGAUCGAGCCCGAGGUGGUGAUUGUGGACCAGAUAUCCGUCUGCAUCCCCAUUUUGUUGGCCCUAUCCACGGCCAAGAUCAUCUUCUAUUGUCACUUCCCGGAUCAAUUGCUCACCGGGCGACAGUCCUUGUUGAAGCGAUUAUAUCGGGCGCCCAUUGAUUGGCUCGAGGAGGUGACCACGGGUGCGGCUCAUAUUGUCUUGGUCAACUCGAAAUUCACGGCUGGCGUAUUCCAUGACACAUUCAAACGAUUGAAUGUUCAACCGGAGGUGCUCUACCCAUCCUUGAACACGGCUCAAUUCGAAGUGGGUGUGUCCGUGAGGCACUCUGUGGCUGAUGAGGACACGAUCAACUUCCUCUCGAUUAACCGCUUUGAGCGGAAAAAGAACCUGCCUUUGGCUAUUCGUGCUUUCGCGGAAGUCACCCGUGCCCUGCCUAAGAAGAAGAAGAUCAAACUGAUUGUGGCGGGUGGCUACGACACUCGCGUGACGGAGAACAUUGAGCAUCUGAUCGAGCUCGAGACCAUCGUGCUUGAGAUGCAAUUGAGUGCGCACGUCGAGUUUCGCCAGAAUUUGUCGGAUCAAGAAAAACUCCGCUUGCUUCGCACCUGUGAUUGCCUAUUGUACACGCCCUCCGGCGAGCAUUUCGGGAUCGUGCCCAUCGAGGCCAUGUUCUGUCAAUUACCCGUGAUUGCCGUUAACAAUGGAGGCCCCAAGGAGACCGUGGUGCACGCCGAGACGGGCUUUCUGUGCGAUCCCCAACCAGCGGCCUUCGCCGAAGCCAUGAGCGAUAUCGUGAAGGGAGGCAAGGCUCUCAAGGUCAAGAUGGGCAAUGCCGGACGCAAGCGAGUCAUGGAGAACUUUUCUUUUGGAGCUUUCAGCGGCAAACUCGAUCGGAUCGUCCAGGAAUGUUCUCAGUUUGAACGAGAGUAAUUAAACUAUGAUUGGUGCGGGUGAA